UUUUCCAUGUCAUAGGAGGAGGAGAGAAGGGACAUUCUUUUAGCUGCGGGGUUGCGAUCGAUCGAGCGAGAGGGAAUCGGUGUGCGCCUUAAAAUCCUGGUCGCUCUAUCGGAUAGAAGCGAGCGAUCGUGUCGCUUGCGCUCGAAGGGUAGGGUUUUUGGUUCUCCCAGAGUGUAGGUAGGGCUUUGCAAUGCCGCUGCGCCUCCUCCUCUAGAAGCGCGCAGAUCUAUCGUCUUCGUCGAGUAGCAACGCAAAGCGAAAAAAGAGGUUUUCUUUUCGCGAGGAUCACAAUGGGUUCCUUGCUGGGCGAUCUUCCUUCGUACAACCCGCACAAUUUCAGCCAGUUGAGACCAUCGGAUCCUUCUCAUCGCUCCCAACUCACACCGCUCACUUAUCACGCUACUCACGACCGGACGAUGCCUCCGGCGGAUCAAGUCAUCUCCACUGAAGCUACCAACAUUUUGCUGAGGCACUUCUAUCAAAAAGCCGAUCACAAGCUCAAGUUGAAGCGCUCGGCCACCGAUUCGCCUCUCGGGGAUCACAAGCGUCCCAAGAGCACAACUUGCGCUCCAGAGAAGAGAUGAUCGCGAGUUCUCCCUGUACUUAACAAGCCCGCGAUGGAAAAAAAAACAGAGGUUGGCUACACAGGUUUGAUGAGCAGAAUCCAUUUUCUCGAUCUCUAAGCUUGUGAAUAUCUAGAUCGACAAUGGUAACUUUCUUUUAGAAA